AUGAAUCAGAACACAACUGAAUCUCCUGUUGCUGUGGAGACCUUAGAUGAUGUACCUGAGCACGUGCUUAGGGGACUUCCCGAGGACGUGAGGCUCUUCCCAUCUGCUGUUGACAAGACACGGCUUGGUGUCUGGGCAACGAAAUCAAUUUUAAAAGGCAAGAAGUUUGGACCAUUUGUUGGUGACAAGAAAAAAAGAUCUCAAGUUAAAAGCAAUGUGUACAUGUGGGAGGUGUAUUACCCAAACUUGGGGUGGAUGUGUGUUGAUGCAACCGAUCCAAAGAAAGGGAACUGGCUGCGGUAUGUGAAUUGGGCACGUUCAGGAAAGGAGCAAAAUCUGUUUCCUCUGGAGAUCAACAGGACCAUAUACUAUAAAAGUUUAAAG